AUGAAAGUUGUGCCCAGGCCGCCGCUCGCGAUUGGAGGGCGCCCUGACUGCGCAGGUCGCACUCGUUGGUUGGAGUCCGCCUGCGGCGGCUUCACUUGCUCGGAGAGGGAUUGGACUGAUUGGACAUUGAGCUCCGCCGCGUGUUAUAAAGAAUUGCACCUCAUUCGGCGCGUGCGCCGCCUGGACGUGGGCGGUCGCUUUGUGGAGCCCAGCGAAGUACGGCGUCUGUGCUUGGAGUUCUUGCUUUUGCCCAGGAGCUCCGAACCUCAGAUGGUGAACAUGGCGAAGUGCGCGCGUGCCAUGUUAGCCAUGGCUGUCCUCGCCAACGUAGUCGAUGUCACGUCUCUGGGGCCUAACAACGAGACGUCGACAUGCUCGACGGCUGCCGUGCAUGAGCGGUACCCCGUUCGGGAUGCCCUUGAGCGACGAGUGCUGGACCUAGAGCAGGAUCGGCAGCACAAAGCUUGGUGGAGGGCUGCGUAUCACCGGCACUCACACCUCGGCUCAGGCUGGGAGUUCCAGCAUAAAGGGGCCAAGCUGCUGCGGCUCCUGGCGAACCACACGGCCAUGUGCGGAGCGCUGGGAUAUACGUGCGCCGUCUACAACCCCUGGGAGCCGCGCCGCUGCUUCUCCCACCACCCCCUGGUGAAGGAAGGGAAAGAGAGCUUCGCAAGGGGACACGUUCUCAAGGCGGCAGUGACGGCAGCGACCCUUGGAGAAGUACAGGAAUUCCGCGAAUUCCACGAAGGUGCCGCGGACUGGCUUGGGCUCCACCAGGAUUGCCAGGAGGGCCUGGAGAGCCAACUGCCCCAGACCCAACCCGAGAUGACGCGCAUGCUCGAGUGCGCGGGUGUGGCUUGGGGCCCCGUCGCUGGAGAGGACUACUUCGAAACCAUCUCCCUGCUGCGUGCAGUCACGAGCGCCACCAGCUUCACAAACUUCGUGGUGGUGGAGGUGGGCUCCGGGAUAGGCUACUGGGCACCGAAAGAGUCUCUGGUGCCCACAGCGUCGGCAGCCGCUAAUCUCCAGCGCAAUGGUAUAUAUGAGCUUUGCAAUGUCACUUUCUACCAGUCAGCUGCAACUGCCCAACUACUGGACAGCCUCAUCCAGUCUUUUGGGGCCGUGGACCUUGUGCAUGUGGACAUCCAGGAGGCAGAGCUGGAGCUGGUAAAGCGGAGCAUCCUGUUACCGAUGCUUGGGCUGCAAACUUCGCAGAACUUAGUUCCGGGGCGGGCAGGAGUGGAAGAAAGUGGAGGAGUGCAACACCUCUUCAUUGGUACACACGGGCGGCUCAUACACCGGGAGGUGCGGACCUGGCUCGUGGCACACGGCUUCUCCCUGGACUUCGACUACGUGGGCAAAAGCUUCCUGCCGACAGCCUAUGGCCCGGUCGUCUUCGGCGACGGGGUCCUUGCCGCAAGAAAGAAGGCUUUGGACUGGUGA